AUGAGGUCUAUCAUCCUCCUUGCUACCAUCCUCCUGCUGACCCUCCAGGCCCAGGCUGAGGCACUCAGACUAAAAGCUGAUGAGGUACCAGCCCAGAAUGAGCCUGGAGCAGAGGACCAGGACUUGGCAGUUUCCUUUGCAGAAGACAAACGCUCAGCCCAAGAGGCUUCAGAUGCUCAGUCAAGAACCACCUGUGCUUGCAGACUAGGACAAUGCACUUACCCUGAGCGUCGCAUUACUAACUGCAAUAUCGGUACCGUCACCUUCAAUUUUUGCUGUCGUUGA